AGUUCCCCUUAUAUUGAAAGAGGUAAUAAAAUGCUGGCAUCUGGCAUGAUGUUAUGUACACAGUUUCUCUACAUUUAAUUGAUUUGCAAACAUUUGAAACUACUUCCCUGUCCGAUGAUGUCCCUGCACCAGCCGGAUUCGUUCUCCAUACUGCCAAUCUCACUGUACUCCUUCAAGGGGUUGGCUCAUAUCGCUUUUCUUUUUGUGCGUCUGUUCCGAUCCAAAUAACGUUAGCUGAAUUCUACUGCCGCAACCCCAUCGAUGUGAAGUGUAAACAAAUACAAUACUGAAAGAAAAUGGGCCCAACGCAGUGGGACCUGCCCCCGGAGCUGUGCUGCCGGCCGAUGGCCUUUGUGGCUCUCACCGGGCUAGACGUGGUGUACAACGCUAUCCACAGGGCGAUCUGGGACGCUUUCUGCGCCAACAGGAGGGCGGACAGGGUGCCCAUUUCGUUCAAGGUGCUCCCUGGAGACCACGAAUACCCAAAAUGCAGGACUAAGAGAACGUCCUACGAGUGGUAUAUCCCCAAAGGGAUCCUUAAGACGGGAUGGAUGAACAAACACCUGAACCUGGUGCCGGCUCUGGUGGUUCUGUUCUACGAGUUGGACUGGGACGAGCCGCAGUGGAAGGAGAAGCAGUCGGAGUGCGCCACCAAGGUGGAAAUCGUCAGGACGAGCUUACAAGGAAGAAACACAAAAGUUGCAGUAGUUUUAAUACAGAAAAAGACACCUCUUCCUCCAGGAGAGGACAUCGUUGCCUCUGAGCGGGCUGCUGCCCUGUGCAACGCCUGUGACCUCUCGGGGAAAUCCCUCUUCGUCCUCCCCCACACCGACCACCUCGUCGGCUACAUCAUCAGGCUGGAGAACGCGUUCUACGAACACGCACAGACCUACUACUACACUGAAAUACGGAGGGUGAAAUCGCACAAAGAGUUCCUCAACAAAACUACACACCAGUUGCUGUUUGUAAGGCACCAGUUCAAGAUCGCGUUCUUCAGUGAAUUAAAACAGGACACCCAGAAUGCCCUAAAAUACUACAGGACCGCCUACAACCUUGUGCAUGAGCUGAGGGCCCAUGAGACCAACAUGCUGGAGAUCAAGACCAUGGCUGGGUUCAUCAACUACAAGAUUUGCCGGCUGUGUUUCCAACACAACACGCCCCUGGACGCCAUCGCUCAGUUCCGGAAGCACAUCGACCUGUGCAAGAAGAAGAUCGGCAGCGCGGAGCUGGCCUUCGAGCACACGGCCUGGAUGUCCAAACAGUUUCAGUCCUUUGGAGACCUGUUUGACGAGGCCAUCAAGCUGGGCUUAACGGCCAUACAGACCCAGAACCCUGGCUUCUACUACCAGCAGGGUGCUUACUACGCCCAGGAGAGGAAGCAGCAGGCUGCCCACCUGUGUGGGCACGAGACGAGCGUGGGAUACCCAAACCCCGACCCCCUGGACACUCCCACUGGAGCUCUGGAUUUCUACGGCCAGAGAGCCUGGAGACAGGGACACCAGAGCAUAGACCCACCGGACCCAGAGAAGGAGAAGAAUGGGAUCCUGGCCCUGCAGGCGAAGGAGAGGGAGGUCCCGCACUCGGUCAGUACGAUCAUCGCCCUGCUCAGUAACGCCGUGGCCCAGUUCAAGAAGUACAAGUGCCCGCGCAUGAAGAGCCACCUGAUGGUUCAGAUGGGGGAGGAGUACUACCACGCAAAGGACUACACCAAAGCUUUAAAACUGCUGGACUACGUGAUGUGCGACUACCGUACAGAGCGAUGGUGGACGCUGCUCACCUCCAUCCUAACCACCGCACUCAAGUGCUCCUACCUGAUGGCCCAGGUGAAGGACUACAUCACCUACGCCAUGGAGCUGAUCGGCAGAGCUUCCACUCUGCGAGAUGACCAUAAAUCCAGAAUCGAGAAAAACCUGAUAAAAGUGCUGAUGAACGAGGUUCCGGAGGCGGAGCCGGACUGCGACGCCGCGGCGGUGAAGGCGGCACACAGCCUGUGGGGCGACCGCGUGGCGCUGGCCGGCAGCAACGUCUUCACCAUCGAGGUGCAGCACUACGUGCCCUUCAUUCAGUGCAAAGCCAAGUUCCUGAGCCCCAGUUUCCACCUGGAUAACCCUGUGGAGCUGCACGUGUACCUGCGAGCGGACUGCCCCCACCCCGUCCGCUUCUCCAAGCUGUGCGUCAGCCUCAGCAACCAGGAGUAUAACCAGUACUGUGUGGUGGAGGGGCCCGGUUUGGAGCCUUCAGCACAGGAGAACAUGUGUCUGGUCCCGGGCAAGACUCGGAAAUACACCUUCAGAUUUGUGGCCCAGACAGAGGACGUGGGCAAGAAGGUCGAGAUCACCGGGGUGGACCUCAUGCUCGGCAACGAAAGCGGGCGCUGCGUCUUCCUCAACUGGCGUGGGGGAGGGGGCGACGCGGCCUCUUCCCAUGAGGCCUUGCAGGCCACGCGCUCCUUCAGGAGGCGGGGCCGUUUCCCCGAGCAGCAGGUGGACUGGGACGCGGUGUCCAUCCAGGCCAGCACCAUGGUAAUCUCUCGUGUCCCGAGGAUGUCUGUGCAGCUCCACCACGAACCCCCUGCUCUGAGCAACGAGAUUUACUGCAUGAUGGUCACCAUCCAGUCCCAGGAGGACGCCGUGGUCAAAGACGUCAAGCUCACAGCCGGCCUGAAACCAGGUCAGGAUGCUAACCUGACGCAGACGACCCACGUGACGCUGAGCAGCUCCGAAAUGACGGGCGACUCCCACCCCGCUCUCUUGCCCGACAUCUCCGUGGGAGACCUGCAGCCGGGGCAGAAGGUGGAAAAGCCGCUCUACAUCCGCUGUGUCUCCACCGGAUCCCGAAUCUUCCUGUUCCACGUUUCUUACGCUGUGACCACCACCGUGGAGAACAAGGAAAUCCUCUGCAAGUGUCACAAAGAUGAAACGGUUACCAUUGAAACGGUCAUCCCUUUUGAAGUUGCUGAGAAGUUUGUGUCCACAAAAUUCGAGCACCUGGACCGGGUGUACGUGGACAUCCCCUUCCUGCUGAUGACGGACAUCCUGAGCGCGUCCCCCUGGCCCGUCCACCUGGUCACCAGCCAGCUGCAGCUGGCCUCCACCAUGGCCGCCGUCGACCAGCCCCAGUCCCAGGUGGAGGAGGUGGUCCUGGAGACGGGCGAGUGCGCCAGCGAGUGCUUCUGUCUCCGCUGCCCCCCCAUCCUGAACGGGACGAGCAGCGUGGCGUCGGGACAGUACGUCAUCUCCUGGAAGAGGAAGUCUGCUAACGAGGAUGUUCCUGUCGUUCACACGGUGGUGAACCUCCCGCACGUUCUUGUCGAGACCAUUCCCUUAUACGUGCACGCUGAACUGCCGUCAUUUGGUCGAGUGCGGGAGUCCCUGCCUGUGAAGUACCACAUUCAGAACCGCACUAGCCUGGUCCAGGAUGUUGAGAUGUCAGUGGAGCCCAGUGAUGCCUUCAUGUUCUCUGGACUCAAACAGGUGCGCUUGCGGAUCCUGCCGGGCGGCGAGCAGGAGAUGCUGUACAACUUCUACCCGCUGAUGGCGGGAUACCAGAGCCUGCCGUCGCUCAACAUCAGCCUGCUGCGCUUCCCCGGGGUUAGCAGCCAGCUGCUGCGCCGCUGCCUGCCCUCCCGCAUCUUCGUCAAGCCACAAGGUCGACAAGUUGAUGAGGCGUUCAUCGCUGCUGCUUAGACAUUUUAGAAAAAUAAAGGCCUGAAGUAUCCAAAUUAACAACUUUUGCCGCAACAUCGUACAGAAACACACAUUAACUGUUCAUUUUUCAAAAAAUCUUGAAAUUAAAUGAUUCAGAUGUGAUGUAUUGUGAAUUAAAUUCCUUUUCAAUCA